CCUCACGAAGAAGACCCGGCGCUUCGUAUCUCCGGGUUAAUGCUGACGCGUCCCUCUUCUUCCUCCACCGACGUGUCAGUCCUCUUCUGUCCGGACCCGAGCAGACAUGGCACCUAAAGGCAGCAGCAAGCAGCAGUCGGAGGAGGACCUGCUCCUGCAGGACUUCAGCAGAAACCUCUCCGCCAAAUCCACCGCCUUGUUCUACGGGAACGCGCUCAUCGUGUCCGCGAUUCCGAUCUGGCUGUUCUGGAGGAUCUGGCACAUGGACCUGGUGCAGUCUGCUGUCCUGUACGCUGUGAUGACCCUGGUCAGCACAUACCUGGUGGCUUUCGCCUACAAGAACGUCAAAUUUGUGCUCAAACACAAAGUCGCUCAGAAGCGUGAGGACGCUGUGUCCAAGGAGGUGACGAGGAAGCUGUCUGAGGCCGACAAUCGCAAGAUGUCACGAAAGGAGAAAGACGAGAGGAUCCUGUGGAAGAAGAAUGAAGUCGCUGACUACGAGGCCACCACCUUCUCCAUCUUCUACAACAACACUCUCUUCCUGGUCCUCGUCAUCGUCGCCUCCUUUUUCCUGCUCAAGAACUUCAACCCGACCGUCAACUACAUUCUGUCGAUCAGCGCCUCGUCAGGACUCAUCGCUCUGCUAUCGACAGGCUCUAAGUAAAGGAGGAGGAUGAAGGGGGGAAGAAAAGGGGA